GGCCGUGCGCAUGCGCGGAGGAGGCCCGGAGGGGCUGAGACAACCCAAUUGCGAAAGCUCUGGGAACUCCGGGGCUCAGCCGGCGAGCCCCGGGGGUCCGAGGAGAAGGAAUGUGGGGUGGAAAUGGUCGCCCUGGGGCGAGACAAGCCUGAGACUAGACUGAGAGUUGCAGAACAGAGAGAGACUCCCUACUGGCAGACCGGAGACCUCGGUUUUGGUCUCGCUGGAUGACCUGAGGCAAUAACUGUCCCUAUUGAAGACCCCAGCAGGGCUGCAGCCAGAACUGAGGCGCUAGCCGGCAUGUAAAGCUGGUCAUGCAUCUACGCUGCUUGAUACAUUUCAAGCCCAGUAACAGAAGAGCCUUCCUGAGAUUGCUGUCACCAUACUUGCCUGUCACCUUUGCAAGGGCUGAUGCUCCAGAGACCUCAGGGACUUCUUUCAGGACUCACAGAAACCUACACCCUGGUGAUGGCACACAGGGACUGUUUUCUUGUUCUAAGUCUAAAUGAUUGCCAAGAAGGAAGGCAAAGGUAGAACAGUCAGAUCUAGGGCUCUCCUCGGAGCUUCUAAUUUCAGACCUUAUUAAACUCCUUUCUGAGCCCAAGGACAGAGUUCACUUGAACAAAUGAUUUUGAGUCAUGAAUGAAAACUCUUGCUCUUUCCAAGAUGAGAAAGAAUUAAGAGAUGGACAGGUUGAAAGUGUGUCUGCUGGGUACCCUCCACCAUGUGACAAGGACAACAGUGCUCUUCUGGCUUUCAGGGGAAUUCCUCUGCCCCUACAGAUCUCAGAGUUGAAGAACCACGGCAUCCUCCGGGCCCUGACGGCAGAAGCGAAUGGCUGGGAGCCGGCUGUUAUGAAUACAGAGGUGCUCCGAGCCCAAGAAGAAUGGGAAGCCGUGGACAGUAUCCAGCCAGAGACAGGGAGCCGGGCCAGCCCAGACCAUCCCGGGCAGCUAAUCUCUUUCAGUGAGGCCCUCCAGCAUUUCCAGACCGUGGACCUCUCUUCCUUCAAGAAAAGAAUCCAGCCAACGAUCCGAAGGACCGGGCUUGCUGCCCUCCGGCACUGGCUCUUCGGACCUCCAAAGCUCCACCAGGGCCUCCGUGAAGAAAGGGACUUGGUCCUGACCAUCGCUCAGUGUGGCCUGGAUAGCCAAGACCCAAUGCAUGGCCGAGUCCUCCAGACCAUCUAUAAGAAGCUGACCGGCUCCAAGUUUGACUGUGCCCUCCACGGAGACCACUGGGAAGAUCUGGGCUUUCAGGGAACAAAUCCAGCCACAGACUUGAGAGGAGCAGGCUUCCUUGCCCUCCUGCAUCUCCUGUACCUGGUGAUGGACUCAAAGACUUUGCUGAUGGCCCAGGAGAUUUUCCGCCUGUCUCGUCACCAUAUCCAGCAAUUCCCCUUCUGUGUGAUGUCCGUGAACGUCACCCGCAUCACCCUCCAGGCCCUAAGGGAGGAAUGUCUCUCCAGGGAGUGUAACCGGCAGCACAAGGUGAUCCCGGUGGUGAACAGCUUCUACGCGGCCGCUUUCCUCCGCCUUGCGCACGUCUGGAGGACGCAGCACAAGACCAUCUCUGACGCGGGCUUUGUCCUCAGAGGUCCUCUGGGGUGUGCACUCCACAGCCCCCACAGGCCUCCUGCUCCCCGAUCCUCUCUGUUCCAGACUUGGAGGCGUUGGCCAAGAAGAGCCCCAGACGGCUGCUCAAGACCCUGGAGGUCUACUUGGCUGGAGUGUCAAAGGGACAGGCCUCCCUGUUGGGGGCACGGAAGUGUGCUGGGCCACCAGCCCCUCCCUGCAAGGAUCUCACUUUCACAGGAGUGUGUGACCUGCCACCACACUCCUCUGAGGGCACGUGGCUGAUCUGACCAACCCCAGUGAGCGGCCGCCGGAUCAAAAGCCUCGAAGGGGCUUUCGGAGGGGCACCCUGGCACCCCUCUGCCCCUUGCGGCCCUAGCAGAAGGGAUGUAGGAAGCCUGUUGGGGGAGCCAAGGACCCUCACCUGCAGGAGACUUUAGGGGCUGUUAAAUUUGACCCACUCCCUGCAGACCUGCCUCCAGAGCAAGGAAAACUUUGCCGUAAUCUUAGUUGGGCUACAGCUUCCAGAGUUGGGUUCCAGGUAAUUUCAGUGACAGAUCAUGCGGUGGGAGACCCCAUCUGGCUGUUCCACACAGCCCUACACCAAAGGUAUUCCCAAGGAGAGGUGCUGGAUUCUGACUCCCAGGCCUCAGGGGUCCACAGGACAGGGACCAGACGUGGGCUGAGUAGUUAGAAUGUGAAGGGAGAUGGUAGUGGUGGCAGCAGCUGACGGGGCAGCAUGAACCAGAGAGUGCACGUGGGCGGGCCUGCCUCUCCAUCCCCUGGGGCCUCCGGCCUUGCACCUACCCACCCUCACCUCUCCCCAUCCCUCCUCCCCACUGCUUGUGACACAGAACCAGGCCCUGGGCUAGGUGUCUGCUGCCACCCAUUCUAACCACCCACCAGCUGGGCUACCCCAGUGGAGGCUGUGCAGGUCCCACCAGGGAUGGUUCUCUGGCCUGGGCAAAGGAAGGAGGAAAUUCACGUACCAGCGGUUUUUAAAUAAAAGAAUUCU